AUGAUGACGAAAGUGGAUCAAAAAGCGAUCAAUGGCGAAGCAAUCGUUGCUCGCUUAACUAUUCCUCUUUGCUUAGUCCAAGAGUUCCAGAAAAUCAGCCAUCGGACAAUUCCACAGAAAUACCAGAAUGUUGACUCCGCAUUCUCGGAUACUAGACUUAUCCUGGAGUUGCAAAACGUUGAGAAAACAAACUACUGGAUGAAACUUAGCUGGAAAGGUGAGUAUCAGCGAUACUUUCAUGAUACUUUGGCUCCUCAUUUUCAAAAAUCGCACUGUAACAAGUUGGGGUUAGAUAAAAUCAUCCAGAAACACGCUUAA